CAGUGCACGGGAUCAGGGAAGAGUGGAAUUCCAGCCCCACAAGUACUGCAUCUUCUCUAUCCUAAAUGGAAAAGAACUCCUUUAAAUCUCUACUUCUUCUUCCGAGAUUCCGAUAUGGUCGAGAGAAAGCAGAAAUCGACCACCAGAAGUACCAUGAUGUCACAAGCCCCGGAACGGACUAUCAAGGAAAAGAUUGGAAUGCAUGAUGAUGGGAUAAUUGGCUGUGAUCAGGUUCUUGCUUGUUUCAUGCUUAAACAACUUCCCGAAUACAAAGAAGCAAAAAUUAUAAGCUACGACUAUAAUAUGACUAUAAUCUCUCUGGAAACCCUGUUUAAUGCAGAACGAGAGAUGAAAGCGUUCUUUCCACAUGCGACGUUCUUGUGGACGUUGGUGGGAUAUACGACCAUGCUCGUCGGCGAUACGAUCACCACCAUGAGUGAGCCUGUUGUCAAUGUGGACAUGAUAGAACGCUUGAGCACCGUCCUACCAGCGAAGAAAUGGACGACGCGUUUCAGCACGUCAGAACUGGUAUUUAAGCACUUCGGACAUCGAAUCAUUAGCGUUGUCCUGGAAUGCCCCUUAGAGGAGCCCAAGGUGGAAACUAUCUUCAAAGUUGUCUAUGAAUACUUCAUUGAAGAAAUUUCUGCUUUAAAUGGCCAUGGUGAUCGCAUUUGCGAACUCCGAAUCACAACCAAUCUUGGUUCACGAAUCAGACGUCUUAACCCACCAUGGACAGCUAAACAGGUAAGUAAUGAAGAGUUGUUUCUCGAGGCCAUGGAGAUAGCAGGAAGGGAAUUCAUGGAGCGCAUUCGAUAUUAUGGAGAAGUAUGGUGGCCUGCCCGAGAUAUUCUUCUAAAGGCUGUUGAAACAAGGUUCCAAGUAAGUAAGUUGUGUGAUCCUUCUCGUAUCAGAAUUUGUCCGGUAUCAAGGUGGCUUGCACAGGUUGAUGAGAGUGGGGCGAUCCUAGAGCUGCCUCACGGAGGCAUUCCGUGGCGAAAGCAUCUACUUUUCUUUGAAACAAAUGGAAUUUUAUUACAACACCAAGUAUUUUUUGUCAUCUUCAAAAAUCUAAGGUUUCUAUUCUCUAAUCAAGAGAACUCAUCCGAUGAAAAUAAUUCUGGAACAUGGAUGAUCCAGGCGGUUCUCAGCAGUCGAGAGGUGCUCCUGCCCGCUGCAUGGAGAGGGGUUCAAAACCCUGAGUUGGAGGAAAAGUCAAGACUACCAGGGAUACGAUGGGUGGAUAAGAAUGGAAACUUUGGAUGGCAUGACACAAGGGAAGGAGCCAUCAGCAUGGCCAGGCACACUAUAGCUCAUUCUCAAUCCCGAGUGUUACUUCUUCAAGCGCUGGGGAAAAGGUUCUUGGUAGAUAAGAGCGGGCAGAUCGUAGAGAUUUCAUCUGGAUUUUACCAAUCGAUCAAGUACCUCUUUCAUUUCGAAAACAAAAAAGUGCUUCCCAAAUAUGAAGUGAUAUUACCGGCAUUUGGAAAGGUACCUCUGCUUCCAAAAGCAGAGCUAGAAAAACAUGCUGGUCUGGAUGGAAUCAUAUUUGUACAUGCGAGCGGAUACCUAGGAGGACAUGAAGCACGUGAUGGAGUUAUCAGAAUGGCAAAAAAGUCAAUUGCUGCUUUUCAACCACGAGUUUCCCUUCUCAAGGCCAUGUACAAAAGAUUCCUGGUGGAUGGGAGUGGACAUAUCUUAGUACUUACCUCAGCAUGGUCCAAUUGGGAGAAGCACUUCUUUCAUUUAGAAGCACAAGGAGUUAUGCCCAAAAAUGAAGUAUUUUUUAUCAUCUUCAAUGAAGGGGACAUUUCCAAUACAUGGAAAGUCCAAGCAGUUCCCAUCAGUUUAGGUUCAACAAUCGUCAGGCAAGAGAAAUUCAGCACAUUCCUGAACCAGGCGGUGCCUCUGCAUGCUGAAUGGCGAGGGCUUCAAAAUCCAGAGCUGGAACGAAAGUCAGGGUUGCCAGGAAUCAGGUAUGUGUAUUGUAGCGGAUACCUCGGAGGGCAUCAAACACAAGAUGGAGCCAUCAGCAUGGCCAGGAAGUCUUUGGCCGAUUCUUUAAAACGAGUGCUGCUUUUGAAAGCUGUCAACUCUAGAUUCAAGUGGGGCCUCUUAGAAAUCACAGCCGACACCCUCCAGCAGGUGAAGGAAAGUUUCCUCGCUAGCGUGGACAUCUGUUUCCGCCUCCAGGGCAUGCAAUUUGAGCACCUCUUGUAA